CCGGCACCGCCUCCCUUCCGGCGGCCGCGGCAGCGCUCCUCCUCUUCCCUCACAGUAGCGCGCUCGGGCCGGCAGCAGCGACUGCGCCGCGGCCAUGAGUGAGGUAGAAGUGAAUCCCAAAGCUUACCCGCUGGCUGAUGCACAGCUCACCAAAACGCUGCUGGAUCUUGUGCAGCAGUCCUGCAACUAUAAGCAGCUACGCAAGGGAGCCAAUGAAGCCACCAAAACACUGAACAGAGGGAUAGCAGAGUUCAUUGUGAUGGCAGCAGAUGCAGAGCCCUUGGAGAUCAUCCUGCAUCUCCCCCUUCUGUGCGAGGACAAGAACGUACCUUACGUGUUUGUGCGCUCCAAGCAAGCCCUGGGCCGGGCCUGUGGCGUUUCCCGGCCUGUCAUCGCCUGCUCCAUCACCAUCAAGGAGGGGUCACAGCUAAAGCCUCAGAUCCAGUCUGUACAGCAAGCUAUAGAAAGACUGUUGGUCUAAGUGCCCAUGAGUGUGUGUGUGUGAAAUAGGAAAUGCAGAUUAGGGGAAAAUAAUGUUUAGCUUCAGUUGAGACGAUGGUUUUGAUAUCAAUGUUUCAUUUUAAAAUGCCACAUUUUUGUUUAAUAAUGGCUUAAUUCUUAGUGUUUCCGCCUCCUAUCCCCCCACUUUUUUAUUAUUCCACUCCAACAUUUUCAUUCUCAUUGUAUUACUUCUUGAAAAGUGACUGUACCACUGCGUUUCCUGUUUAAAGUUUAAAAGAAGGACAGAAAAAAAAGAGUCCUGCCCUUGUCUUCCUGUCUGCCUGCUCAGGGCUUUUUUAACCCACCCAUCAGCUUUCUCUGUGUUACAGUAUUUCUGCUAAGCUUCACCCUCCAGCAGGUGUGAGUAACUCUGCAUUUCUGAACGGUUUAGGCUACUGAGGAAAAGGGUCCCUAUGUUCAGGCUGCUGGAGUCAGUGAUGGAGCAGCACAGGCAGGUAUAAGGCAGGCAGCAGCUACUGUGUAGCAGCACGUAGCACAGCCAUUGUUCUUGAAACCAGACAAGAGACUUCUGUAAGAGAUGCAGGGCAAGCAGAAAUCUUAGCAGUACACAAGGGGAACUCUCUUUACUUAUUUUUCAAUACUGACUUUUUAAGAAAAAAUAAAAAUGCUGCAAAGCAAAAUAGCA